AAGAAGAGAACAGCAGAUGCCGGAAUCAAAUGUUGAAGCGCUGAUUGUAAAAUGUGGCUUGAAAAAUUAUUUAUAAUCUACUUGCUUACACUCUUUAAUUCGAUGGAUGGAUAUUUUUUGGAUAAUCAAUUACAGAGAACUGGUAGACAUAGGCGAAAAGAAUCCAACGAGCUGAGAAACAUGCACAGAAAUUCAUUGUCAUCUGUAAAUAGUCAUUUUAUAACAAAAAAUAGUACACGAGUGAUAAGCCAACGUGGUGGACUCGCAAUUCUGCCAUGUAGCGUCACAAUGACUCAACCAGCCACUGUAUCGUGGUUCAGACGGAAAGACUUUUUAUUAUUAACUGUUGGACUUAGUACGUAUAGUAGUGAUGAUCGUUUUCUAGUGGAGCAUACGAGGCAUUUAGGAAAUUGGGCGCUGAGAAUAAAGAACGCUCGCAAAGAUGACGAAGGAAUAUACGAGUGCCAGCUAUCGACACAUCCACCUGAGUCGAUAUUCAUUGAACUUAGGAUAGUCGAGGCCGUAGCUGAAAUAAUAGAAGCGCCCGAUUUGCAUAUAAAUGAAGGGUCCACACUAAGAUUAGAAUGCAAGCUGAAACGUGCUACUGAAAGUCCAUUAUAUGUAUUCUGGUAUCAUGAGGAUAGAAUGAUUAAUUACGAUCAUGAAGACGGAGUUUCAGUAUCAUCUAAAUUAACUUCGAGUAUCUUGACUGUGAGAAAUGCGACUGCAAGACACGGAGGCAACUACACAUGUGCACCAGCAAAUGCUAGACAGUCGAGCAUUUAUGUUCAUGUCCUUAAAGGCGAAAAACCAGCUGCCAACAUUGCUGCGACACCAAAUAAAAGCAUUACGAGUAGCAGUACGACAACUGUUUACCCAGCAAGUCAUUCACCAAAUGUUUUUAGAAACAUCUUUUCUAUGCUCAUUGUUUUAGUAAAUUUAAAAGAUCUGAUACGAAGGAUUUUAUAAGACACAAAAUUGAUGGGAAAAUUCUUUCUACUUUUACUUUCAUGAAAUUUUUAUAUUGUCCGACAUUUCAAAAAGCUAAAUUAAAUUUAAUUAAUUAGCAUAACAUGUUAUUAAACAACUAAUAAAUUUCCAUUCAGUUCUCGAGUACACUUAAACUAAAUGUUUAUUGAUUAUUCAACCAAGAAAGUGGAAUUAAAUUGAAUUUAUAUUUUGCAAUAGUUUAAGAAUGAUUAAUUAUAAUGUAGCAUGAGAUAUUCAAUUGUAUCAUAGUGAUACCAAUCCAACAGUUUAAAUACCUAAAUCUAAUAAAUUAAUUAUUUCAACAAAAUCAUUUCACUUUCCGCAUCAAAGAUGACAAUAUGCUGACGACUAAUCAUGUCG